AUGGGUGUAGAUUAUUACGGAAUAUUACAAAUUCCAAAAAAUAGUACGGAUUUGCAGAUAAAAAAAGCGUAUAGAAAUUUAGCUUUAGAAUUCAAUCCCGAAAUUCUUAAAAAUGAUAAUGCCAAACAAGUAUUUCGGCUUAUAGGAGAAGCUUAUGAUGUAUUAAGCGACCCUUUACGUAGGGCAGUCUUUGAUCAAUAUGGCGAAGAAGGACUGAAACGAGGAAUCCCGACUGCUGAUGAUUACAUUCCAGCUUAUCAUUAUCAUGGGGAUCCUAUGCAAACUUAUAAGGAUUUUUUUGGAACCGUAUCUCCAUACGCUGAUUUAUUAAAUGUAUUAAACAAUCCUCCCUUGUUAUAUAAAAUGUCUGAUGGUAACAUUUGUAUUCGCAAAAAGCAACCGCCUAUAAAACACCCGUUAGCUUUAACCCUUCAUGAAAUUUUUUUCGGUGGCGUAAAGAAAAUGAAAAUCCACAGACUGGUUUUUAUAGAUAAUGAACAUAUACGUACUGAAGUAAAAGAAAAGAUUUUAAGUAUUCCUAUUAAACCCGGCAUUAGAUCAAAUACAGAAAUAAUUUUACCCGAAGAAGGCGAUCAAAACCCCACUCAAAUUCCUGCGGAUAUUAUUUUCAUUACCGAGGACAGACCUCACGAAAUAUUUACUAGAGAAGGUGAUGAUUUAAUAAUGGUUGCAAAUAUUUCUUUAGAAGAGGCUUUGCUAGGAACCAUGGUUACAGUUGUCACUAUCGAUCAUAGAACAGUUAGAGUACCGAUUACAGAUGUAGUGUUCCCUGGCUUCGAAAAAAUAGUUGAAAAUGAAGGAAUGCCUAUUUUAGAGAAAUACCCUGAGAAGGGGAAUUUAAUAAUUAGAUUUAAUAUUGAUUUUCCGAAUUAUUUGCCAAAAAAUAGUAAAGAAUUAUUAAAAAAAGGUUUUCAAAUGGCAAAAGUUGGAGGUGGAGUUAACCAACACGAGAUAAUAAAUAAAUUGGUGUUAGCUGAUAAAAUUCUCCGAGUAGAUCCUGACGAAAGAUUGCCACCAAUAUAA